CUUUUCGGAGUAACGACCUCCAGGCACAGAUGGUCGGGGAGGGAAGGAAGAGGAGGAGGAGGAGGGAGAGAGGAGGGAGAGCGGAGAAAGAGAAAAUCUGACCCGCGGACUAACUCCCAGCUGGACGAUAGGCACUCAUCUCCAAAGAAACGUCACCCCUCUGCCCCGCAGUCCUCGUUUAACCCCUCCACCACCAGCAGCUCCAACGGAGUCCUCACGGAUGCCGACCGCGGAGAAUGGCUCACCCCCCUCUCUCUUACGUUCCACCAGAACAAACAGCAGCUGCUUCUCAAGAAAAUGGUGACAGAAGUCGACUGUCACCAGAUUCAGUUCAAGUUGGGUCCGGCAUACGGGCUGUAUAUGAUGACCCGGCAUAUGUACGGGGCGGAGUUUAAGGCGGGGCCGGGCGGUACCUCGGAGCGACGGAAGGCUCUCGUGACUGGGCUGAAGAGCAUAUCUUCACACCUCAAGAAAACCGUGAAGGAGUGUCGAAGUGACCCAGGAGCACUGGCCUUCUGGCUCGCCAACUCGAGCGAACUCUUCCAUUUCCUGCAGCAAGACUACCAACUCGGGCCACUGUCCAACGACUACGACAUCCCAUUCACACACACAAUACAUCUCGUCUACAAGUACUUCAUCACCUCCAUGAUCAAGGAACUCUCCGUCUUCCUCCCUGCGUUUUACGACGAGUCGACCGAGGCCGAUCGCGAGGACACCCCCGGUGGGUACAACUCCGGUCCCGAGUCCGUUCUGAACCGUGUCACGGGCGGAACGGAAUCAGACCGCUCCAAAGUCAUCCGUCACUCUAGCAUCUCUGGUGGUUACUACAGCAUCACCGGGUCGAAAGUAUCAAAGCGCGGUCGCUCGACGAUCCACGACGUCUUACAAACGCUAAGUUCCACUAUCACACUACUGAAGAGGUGCCACGUGAACGUCACUAUCUCGGUGAUGGUCUUUUCGAAUCUGUUUCGCUACAUCUCGACAAAGGUGUUCAAUCGCCUGGUGGGAGGGGAGGUGAAACACUGCGGGCGCUCGCUGGGUCAGCGACUCUCCAAACGACUGGGAAAAGUCAAGACAUGGGCAGAGAGAGAAGGGAUGGAACUCCCCGCACAUACACACCUGGAAACGGUCGUUGAGGCUGCAAACUUGCUGCAGGCCUCCAAGAAAUACUCGGACAACGCACACGCCGUCUACCACACUUGCCCCCAUCUCAAUUCCAUUCAGGUGUCUACUCUGCUAGAGCUGUGUCUGGCGACAGACGGAGAAACAGCUGUCAACCGAGCAGUGGUGGACAAUCUCGUCCACCUCGCCCGCGCCAGAGACGAGGUUCUGCAGGGGGAGGGGCUUGAGGUGCGAGUCGAGGAGGACCUCCACCCCGAGCUUCUCUUCCACAUUCCGGGGGAGGGUUACUCCGGCGAGGUAAUGACCGGGGUACCCAGCGGACUUCAGGAGUUCAUACAGCCGAUGAUCAGUGCAGGACUCUGCAAGUUGACAGUGUCCAAGGAGAGUUCCAGAAUGUGGUGUCCUCCGGUACGGAAUGUGACCUCCAGUCAGUCCGCGGACCAUUCCGUCUCCUCCCAGAACCCAGACAGUCCUCACAACUUCAAUACCCUUCCAAAGACUAGAAGCAGAUCUAGGAAAUCUUCUGCUGAUGGUGAAGUGCGUCACAGCACGUUGCCUCGUCACGGAGAAACGGACCUCAGGUUCAUGAAGUUCUCCAUUUCAAAGGACAGCAACAACACGUUGGGAAUCAGCAUCGUGGAGGCAAAACUCACCUCCAGCUCCCAUUCCGGAGGAGAGACUGGCAUCUUCAUCAGAUCAAUGGUCGAUGGAGGCCCCGCUCAAAUGGAUGGCCGUCUACGACCUGGAGACCAGAUUCUUGAGGUAGAUGGAAACGACCUUCUCGACUGUACGCAGGAGAUGGCGUCUCAGAUACUGAGAAACACAGGGAAGAAGGUAUCUCUGUUGGUAGCCAAGAUGGCAGCUCAGUACUACGGUCUCUCUCACGUCACACAGUCCUCUCCUCGAUACAAGAACGCUCCCGAGGGUUCGUCUCAUGCCAAGAAGGCUGCCCGGAGGCUGAAGAGGGAGCAGAAGGAACGCCAGAGACAGGAGCGGGGCUACACCACCGAGUUCCGUCUGGAGAGGAAGCAGCUGGACCAACAUCAGUCUGACCACGCCCACCUGUCCCCGACAACGCAGCAGUCCUCCGUGACAUCAUCGUCGGUCACCGCCACCGACCCCCGAUUUGCCAAUCCCCAGAUAGCCAGGUGGGUCAUGGAGCAGAACACUCUGUUCAACUUGGAGAGGGGGAGCGAGGCGGAAGGGGGGCCGGGGAGCAAUUCCUCCAUGUCCAACAUCGCAGACACAGACACCCACGCCAGUUCCCCUGUUCCAAGCUUCGCGACUUCUUCGAGUCGUCGUACAAAGAGCUCGUAUGAGAGACACAGAACGGGGUCGCCGCCUGUGCGAGAUACGUCGGGCGUACCGUCGAGGUUGCACGAGGGGCACUCGGUCUCUCCUUUUGAUGCUCUGGACUCGCUCGAGGCUCAGACAAUGUCGGACUCUGCAAGUAAGUUCUCCGACUACUCUGCAGAACCAGAAUACGCCGCCCCUCCUCAAUCCGCACCUCCGGUGAGUACAAUCUCCUACAAGGAUGCCUUCAACGCCAACAGCCUCUACUCGCAACAGAUGUCGAGUUCGCUGACUCCCUACGGCCCAAGCCAACAACUGGACAAACUGAGCACAGACGUCAUGUACCACACGCCCCAGAGCGGUGCGUCGCUCUCCGGGAUUAGCUCUAUCAUGCCGAGACUUCUUCAGGGACGAGGUGGGAAGCCGUAUCUCGGCAGAAUCCACCUCAAGGAGCUGGACGGAGACGAGAUAGACCUGGAGAAGCAGCGGAUAAAGCUCAUGUUCUACGAGAAGAAGAAUGAAGAGAGAGCGCUGAGAGAAGAGGAAGAGAUGUCCUUACAAGCUCAGGAAGCUGCCUCGCCUGAAAACUCUCGAAAGGUGUACCCCUUGUCCCCUCCCCCUCCCCAACCUCCCGUUUCGACUGCGCACCAGUUUGAAAUCCCGACAAGUCUCGAAGAAGGCCAUAGCAAUGGGUUCACUGCAUUUUCAGACACCGAAAUUCUGCCUUCCGACCCCAAACAAAUGCUGCGCGAUCUAGAGACGCUGGAGUACAUGGCCAGUGAGCAGAGAAGAAGGUGCAAGGAGCUCAGCUUUGCACGGGAGAUAGAGAACCUUGAGUUGAAGAAAGCGGAAGUCGAAUUCAAGGAGCAGGAGUUACAGGAUCUGGGGCCGGGUGCGGGAGGGUCAUCGGUGAGCGUGGCACAACAGGAGAGGUGGCAAAAGGAGCAAAAGAAGAGGCAGAGGCAGCUGGAGCGAUACCGGUUGGCACAGCGCGACAAGAUGCGGAAAAUGGAGACCGAGGAACGCCAUGCCACAGCCAAGCGGGAAGCCUACGAGUAUCAAAUCUACGAAAUACGUCAGCAACUCGAGGCUUUGGGAAGUCAACCUUCCUCAAGUGCAGCAUCGGCUGCAAUUGUGGAAUCCCACCUGCAAUCAUACUCUCACACGUCUCGUCCUUCACAGAGGAGCUUUAGCCGUACUAACAGUGGAUGCAGCGCAAGUUUCGCCAGUGACAUGCAGGCGAGGGAAUUUCAACCCAUUGCCGAGAUGGACGAAACCAAACCGGAGAGGGAGUGGCCGCAGCAAGACCACCUGAAGCCCAAUCCGGCUCGGUUCGUGAGCACUGAGAGCAUCAACAGCUCGUCGGUGGUGGGUCCGACUGAGGUACCAGAGUUUAGUCGUGAGAUCGUGAAUACCAUUUCCGAGUCGACCAACAUGACCGAACCAACACAGGAUGACGUUCCAAUACCGACCGGUGGCUGGGGUAGUAGGUAUGUGGCUAAUAGCGACGACCCAUAUGCAGGGGAAUAUGCUUCGAAAUAUACGUAUUCUGACGAUGAGUUUUUCAUGGACGAUCGAAGUGGGUUCAAGUCAGAAGUUCCAAUUGAUGCCCACUACCCCUUUAACAUUAGCUCCGAGAGGGAGGUUCCAUAUCGCCCCGACCACCAAUCACCACAACUACUCAAUGGGCACGUUCCUUCCAGUUACCACAAUGGUGGGGGUGCCUUUGUUGAUACUCCAAGUGGAGAUGAGGAAUUUAGACCUCCACAUUGGGCGGGCGGACAGCAGCAGAGCAAAAAGAGACAACCCUUGCCCCACAUGUCUGAAAAACAUCACAGCUACAACAGUGGGCGUACCGACCAUCACUAUUCACGUAGCAAUCGUCCCGAUUGCACCACCGAAACCAGCAGCCGUCCCACACCUCAGACAACCUGAGUACUGGCCUAUCCACUUCCUCUCCCAACCAAAAUGGGGAGAAUCUCAAGUGCAAGCCAAGCAAGAUCUCAUCACCUACUUCCACAAAGUUUCCGGCAGAAGCUGGCCACCAUCUAACGUCUGCACCUCACCCCCACUCCCCCGGCCUCGGUCCACCUUCUCCCUCCUCCUAUUCUCCAUUUAGAGACCACCCUACCCUCCCUCCCUCGACCACUCAACACAUCUACUCUGUUCCGAACACCUCAAGUGGCACUUCAAGUCCAGCUGCAGUCUACGACGUACCCAGGAAAGGUAACGGAAAAUCGGCAACUUCUUCACCAGCCCCCGCAGUAUAUGAUCAUCCUCGACCUUCCACAUCUUCGCCUCCCCACAUGCUAAGCCACACAGCUCCUUCAAGCCCUUCCUCCCUCCCACCACCAUCCACCACUGCUGGUUCACCCCACGACCUGAUUCCUCAUUCCCCAUUCCACAAUCCACCGAAAUCCCACGAUAGGCCCAGCUACACCACUGCCCAAUCGCACCACGAUCAACACUACGACGUACCCAAGCCACCACAAGUGGGGGUCCUCCCCUCGGAAUUGAUACGACAUCCACCCACCCUGCAUUCUUCAGAUCGCGACCUUGCACGACAGACCGCUUCCAACAUGGCGGCGCACCCUUACCAGUAUCACGGACUCCCAACAAAGCCGAUCGCACCGAGGAGCUACAGUCGGGGUCGUCAAGACUACGGGGGUGAUAGAGGGGGCAGGGGUCAAAAUUCUCGCCCCCCUCAGCGGGUUCAAAGACAGCAAACUGAACUUUGAACUUUUGUGUUGUGGAUAUACAUGUAUUAUGCAAUUGCACAG